AUGCCGGACGCAGACCCAGGAGACACAUCGGAGACAUCGACCGAGUAUCAAUUCGGAUUGAAGCACGUUGGCACGGUUUACCAGGACAUCUACCUCCACCUGGGCUCCCAAAUUAUGGCGUACAGUCUUGUGAGGACUGAUGUCAAGCCAGGCAGGCGCAACGAUGAAGACAGCAGGAGGACUGUGGCCUUUUGCAGCAUUUGCCGCACAGACGUGGCCAAAUCGUUAUGGAGGGACAUGUACAAGAACAACCAUUGGUGGGGCCACCACGCUCGCAAGCGAGGGAAUGAAGGUCUCUUUGGGCGGUGGACAUCCAAAUAUCCGAAGGACUCCUGGCCCUUUGAUGAGGAGACAUUCAAGAUGCUGGAAACGGUGCCUGAUGAAACAAUGGAUGCCAAGACAUGGUCUCGACACGCCAAGAAAGCCACGCGUGCGAUCGAGUUCACAGCUGAUCCAGUCAAGUCACAAGAAAAGCCCAAGCGUGAUGAAAUAGAGAUCUCUUCUUCCGUGGGACAUUGCGAACCCCAGCUCAAGACUCCACUGGACGAUCAACUCCUCAAGGUUUGGAUGCGUACGACAGAGGAACUACGAAGCAUGGAACCAUUGGAGGCCUGGCCGGCGCUUCAUUCUACUGGCGGCAUCACUGAACUGCUUGGAGCUGCCUCUAAGGUGUUGAAUCCUGAACGUCUCUUCAUCAAAGGACUUAGAGUCCCCUGGACAUUUGGAACUCCACUUUUGCAUCAGCAAGGCGAACCGUCACCCGAAGAGACCUUCAUUUCCUUGCUUGCGAGCGUGGUGAGCCCACCAAUGGUUGGACUUAUAUGUUUCGCUCCAUGA